CGCCCAUCAACCCCAUCAUGCUAUCCUGGAUCACCGAUCCACGAUGUCCCAAACCAACCACACAAAGACCUACCACACCCUUCACCUGCAGACCAGGAUCCAAAGAUCGACGAUGUCCCCAACCAACUACACCACGCCCAUCAACCCCAUCAUGCUAUCCUGGAUCACCGGAUCCACGAUGUCCUAAACCAACCACACAAAGGCCUACCACACCCUUCACCUGCAGACCAGGAUCCAAAGAUCGACGAUGUCCCCAACCAACUACACCACGCCCAUCAACCCCAUCAUGCUAUCCUGGAUCACCGGAUCCACGAUGUCCUAAACCAACCACACAAAGGCCUACCACACCCUUCACCUGCAGACCAGGAUCCAAAGAUCGACGAUGUCCCCAACCAACUACACCACGCCCAUCAACCCCAUCAUGCUAUCCUGGAUCACCGGAUCCACGAUGUCCUAAGCCAACCACACCCUUCACCUGCAGACCAGGAUCCAAAGAUCGACGAUGUCCCCAACCAACUACACCACGCCCAUCAACCCCAUCAUGCUAUCCUGGAUCACCGGAUCCACGAUGUCCUAAACCAACAACACAAAGACCUACCACGCCCUUCACCUGCAGACCAGGAUCCAAAGACCCCCGUUGUCGUCAACCAACUUCUCCACCAUCACCUCCCCCUGUCUGUCCACCUGGUUCAAAGGAUCCUGAGUGUAUUAAACUAUCAUCCCCUCCGUGCAUACCUGGUACUGGUGACCCGAGGUGCCCAGGUACCCCUUCACCAUUUAUAUGUGUUCCUGGUUCACGGGACCCUCGAUGCCCUCAACCAACUUCUCCACCAUCACCUCCCCCUGUCUGUCCACCUGGUUCAAAGGAUCCUGAGUGCAUUAAACUAUCAUCCCCUCCGUGCAUACCUGGUACUGGUGACCCGAGGUGCCCAGGUACCCCUUCACCAUUUAUAUGUGUUCCUGGUUCACGGGACCCUCGAUGCCCUCAGCCUACAACACCCCGCCCGACAACGCAAAUUGUAGAGGGUGGAGACAAGCUCUCUGUCACGACCAAGAUGCCAGGAAAAGAUCAGGACUUCCAUAAAGAAGACGCAGAUCCCAGAUACCACGCCUUCCAUUCAUGGUUGUACCUUCCUCCUCCUAGACCUCGGAACCACGCUGGUCGCGGGCGUCGAGCAGCGGUGGUGGAGGGAGAGACGAUGAUGGUGAGCCUCGGGGUGCAGCAGCUGGUCACCGCCUCACCAUCAAGGUCCAGCCACAUCACCGUAGACACAGAGGGAGACAAUCUCUUAAUGGAAGUGAGCGACACUGGCCGCGUGGUGCUGCCGCUGCGGGAAGCUCGGCCUAUGGUGGAGGAAGUGCAGCUCGAUUACGGGACACCAUACUCCAAGGCGCUGAUCAAGAACGAGUAUGCUCCUGUCGAGGAGGAGGUGCGAGGAGAACCUAAAUAUUCUUAUCUGAAGUCUGAGAGAAGUCAGUCAUCGUCAUCGACGUUAACUACCUCCAACACCCUUCUGUUGUCACUCAUGUUCGUAGGCGUGGUCGUGGGCGUAGUGGCCGCCGCCUUCACUUUCGUGCGCCCACUCCAGAGCAAGAACACGGGCGUCUUGACAGCUUAGAUAUCACUAAAUAAAAGGAUUAUAAAUUGUGUAACGUGAACUUACUAAACAUCUCAUACGAGUCAGUAGUGUAAAGAAAUAUGUUAACUGGUGAUAACGGCAGAACGAUCAUAAUGGUCUACAUUAAUGUUUGUUAUGUAUCUGUUCGACUCGCCGAGAAGGCUUUAAGCUUAUUACCUGCUUCAAGAAGUAACAAAGUAAUAUUAGUAUCUUGACUAGAUAAUUUUUAAUUACAAAAUUAUCUUCAAAUUAAGAAAAUCUCUGAGCUGGCUUGGAGAUCAAUGAAUAUUAAGAAAUUCCACAAUAUAUAUAUAUAUAUAUAUAUAUGUGUUCGGUACUCCAGCCUUCACUAUACGUAAACGCUAAUCAUGCUCCAGAAUUGUACCAGAUGUAAGAAGCCCGACUCUCCACUCCCGUAUGAACACCAUCAAACGAGAGCUAUAUGUGAGAAUUAUAGUCCCGAGUGACCCCCCUCCAUCACCCUCCUGAAGGUCACUAACAGAAGCCAGACUUGCCAAACCCAGGUCAGAGGUCAGCAUGGGCGGCUCACCUCACAACAGCCGGCUGUCGUAAGGUGCACCCCCGUGUUUGACACGUUAAGGUGAUAUGGUUCUUCCAUGCAGUAGUGUGUGUGUGUACAGUAUUAUUGUGUCAAACUCCCCUGCCCUCCGCCCCGCCCCGCUCCCCUCGUCAUCCGUACCGUUGUCUUUCUUCGCUUGUUAGUUACAGUGCGACUGAGUAGAAGCUGAUCCCAAGAGACAGUUGCUGGACUGGGGGAGUCUCUUAGCUGGUCAGGGUGACUUAACAAUGUUUCUCUACCUGUGGGUGAUAAAUGCUGUGGUGUUGUAGAUACGAGGAACAUAUUCUACACCCCACCAAUGCUUCUCGAUCUGUACACAACGACAGAAGGCUUAGAAUAUAUAUUAAUAGAAGUCACAAGUCAUGGCUAUUAAUCCAGACAAUUGUUAAUCACUAAAGUAAUCACACUAAUUGUUCAUUAAGACAUACUCCCAGGUAGUUAAUUGUGGCAGACGGUAACGUGUUGUCCCUAAUGGCCUACUUCACCACACACUGACUAGCUAACAGAACGUCCAGCUACUGAUAUGCAUAUUAUUUUUUCUAUCUUUUCUAGAAGUAAAUCGCAAGAUGAAUGUUGUUACCCCCAAACUGCUUGUUAGUCUGUGGUAGUUGUGUGUGGUUAGUUCUCUUCGUGUACCUUUGGGGUUAAGCUUUCUAGAAUAUCUUUUAUUUGUUCAGUAAAGAGAGAGACUUCCGCUGUUAGAUGUGGUAAUAAGUGUGUUUACAUAUAGACUAUGUCCUAUACUGAAUAUUUGUAUUUCUUCUCUGUAUUCUGGGCAGUUAUUAAGAAUAUUAUCACGUCCUCUGUAUCUUUAUGGUGUAAUAAAUUCGAUAAAAAUCCACACGAGUCCCUUUAAAUGUGAGCUUCACAAUCAUUCACAUCAUGUGAUAAAACUUAAUACUAAGAAGUGUUAUGUAGUCAAUAUUAUUAGUAACAACCUGACUUUAAGCUGACGACGUUUACAAGUAACCUAUGUAUAAAAUUACAUAUAUAUUCUCACGAUAUCAAAAUAGUACUCAGAUAAGUAACUAGUUUUAAGGAGACAAAUAAAUGUGUCCAGUUGAUUAAAAUACAAUAGUACCCCUAAUAACAUAAAUAAAAGCCGUAUAACCUUAGCCCGACAUAUACCAGUGAUAUAUACAUAUAUAUAUAUAUA